AUGCCUACCGGAAUUUUGAGAGACAUAUGGAUAGCUCUGUCAUCUCUAGGCGACUAUCAGUCACCUAAAUUAGAGAAGCUUUGGGUGCGCAUGCACGACAACAGAGCGGCUCUGUCAGAAGCUGAAGUCACUCAAACGAAUACUGCUUCACAACCUGCUCAAGACGCACCUAGCCAGGCACCUACGUUAGCACCCGCACAGGGGACGCCAUAUCAGAACUUCGAUCUGGGAGGUGUCCCAAGGUUGGUGUUAGCAAAAAAUCAUCGGGAGGAGCCUAAUUUCUCCAUCAUGCCUCCCCUACGUUCGCUAACGGUCCUUGAUAUUGACGAGAUAGCGUAUGUAGAGGAGUUGAGCGUACUUCUGCGGCGUUCAUUGGGCAAAUUGCGGGAAUUGCGCAUCGGCUUUGGUCCAGUUCUCCAUAGUUCAUACAACGAUCGCGAACAACCACCCUUGAGACAUGUAGCUACAGGUGGUCCACUACCAUUACUGAUGAGCAAGAUAUACGACUACUUAGGAGAUCUCGACAGGAUGACACUGCUGCCCGAAUAUGAUACUGAAAGCGGACAGUUGAUAAAUCGUCCAGAUGAUGCAACGAACGAAGACACAAAAUCUCCACCUCCGACGUCCAUUGCCUUCAUUUUAGGUCCACCCAUGAAUGGAGCAGAAGUUACGUCUAACGACAUGAAUCAUGAACCAAUUUCUGGUCUGCCAGAAUCCAAAGUACCUAGGAUGAACUUGGAUGCUAUUGACCCGGCGUUAUUAGAGGGAGCUGCAUCCCAUGAAGGCGGAGAGAUGCCAGGGCCACAAUCAGUACCAGAGAGGAGCCCUGUCGGGAUGUCACAAGGUCCGGUGGAGCGGCUUGAGGCGAAAGAAAAGUCAACAAGCGAUCAAAGGUCGCUCAUUCAAGGAGGACUGCAGCAAACCGGUACAGCGGGCUCCAGAACUUCCUACAAUGGUCUGAAGCCCACACAGAGACUGCAACUCGAGACCCUUGAAAUCGAAAAAGUUACUCUGCAUGUGAUCACAUUGUAUGAAACGCUAGACUGGACAAUACUUACGAGUUUGACUUUACUGAAUUGUGGAGGCACCGAGAAUUUGUGGUCUUGCCUCCAGGAAAAAUUCCCGCCUCGAAAGACAUUGGUCGUUUCAAUACCCGUGCACUCCACCAAAAAGCGUGGAAGCCAACCUCGUCUCCGCCGCAUGCCUUCUUCGGAAGCCUUAUCAAAGACAUCGGAGUACCCUCUCAGUCUAAAACGAAUCCAUACCGACCACGUCACAUCCACCCUCAUUUCGUUCCUCAAGCACGCACUCGCUCCGAAUAGCCUCGAAUGGCUGUUCCUCCAGGACACUAGCAUGCAUGGAUCGUUAGUACCCCUCGACGCCAUUUAUCGCGGCGCUCUACGCCGCCACCGCUCUAGCCUCACGAAGGUCAUGAUUGACAGCGCCAUUGUUUCUCAAGGAAGCCGUAUGCGCGGCGUAACCGCUAAAAAGUGGAUGCUCACCCGUGAAGUCCUCACAUUCAUAAGUAGUGGAAAGAUGAGUCGACUCAGGGAGCUUGCGAUGACUAUCCAGUACAAAGACUGGCACUUCUUCCUGCAGAGACUACCUCAGAUACCUCACCUCCGCUCGCUGUACGUACCCUAUAUCGCCGACCAUCCCUACGGAGGUUCGUUGAACGUGAAGGAUUUCGCCUUGAGCGCCAUAGAUGUUGUUGCUUUGAGGCCAGAGGUGGAGCUUUGCUAUUUGGGCAUCAAAGACAAGUGCUUCGAGAUUCUGGAGACGAAAGAUAGGAAGUCAAAGGACGGAGCUGGCUCCGCCUCAUCGACUGCAGGAGGCGGUGAAUCUGACAAUGAUGAGGAUGCUGAGGUUCACCAUGACCAUGACGAUGACGACGAUGAUGACAGCGAGGACGAAGACCCAGCGCCCGUGACUCCGGCAACACAGACGCAGACGCAGGCACAGGGUACGGACUCGGACAUCGAUCCCGUCACCGAUGACGACGAGCGGGACCCUGCCGGCAGUGGGGCUAGUGUCAAGCUGAAGCUGAGAGAGAUCUUGUUCUAUGACGACCGGAUAUCGAUCUUCAAGGCAAGACACAGACGGCUUUAG